AUGUCCGACGACGCCGCUGCUGAAGAACGCCGCGCCAAGGCCGCCGCACGCCAGGCCAAGCUCCUCGCAAAGAGCAAGGAGCGCCUCGACCGCAUCCAGGGUGCCGUCAAGGGCGAAGGCCGCGUCGUGUCCGACUCCAUCGGCGGCAUCGCUCCUCGCCCCGCCAACACCAACCCUCCCCCGCCGACCUCCCUCAGCGACAUCAACAACGACGACGACCCGGCCGAGAUCGACCUCGCCACCGCGAGCCCGCUCUCGCUCCUCGCCGGCCUCGGCGGCGACAGCGCAGGCGGCGCGGCGCAGAACCCUUUCGCGGCAUUCGGUGGAGGGGCAGGCGGCGCACCGGGCGACGACAUGUUCUCGCAGAUGAUGGCGCAGAUGAUGCAGGGCGGCGGAGGAGCUGCGGGAGCUGGCGGAGCAGGAGGAGCGGGAGGAGCGCCGCCCAACCCGUUCAUGCAGCCGCCGACGUCGCCGUUCGCCCCGGCGCCCAAGACGCUCCUCGACCGCGUCUUCCCGCUCGUGCACAUCCUCUCGAUGGUCGGCCUCGCCGUCUACGUCGUCUUCGUGUACGAGCCGGCGCAGCGCCUGUCGCUGUACGGCUGGACGGGCGAAAACGGCGGCGUCGACUGGUACGCGUGGGGCUCGCUCCUCAGCCGGCAGCCCAAGGCGCUCGAGUCGGCGGUCGCGCAGAGGAUCGGGUUCGGGACGCUCGCAGAAGUGCCUCUCCUCUGGAUGUUCAUCAGCGUCGAGCUCGUCCUCCAGACGACUCGCCUCUUCCUCGUUCGUAACCGCCCUGCGCCGCCCGGCAUCCUCAACUCGAUCCUUCCCCUCCUCUCUCAGUUCUCGCCGCAGCUCGGCCUCGCCCUGCAGACCGGCGUGCGCUACUUCGACCUCUUCUCGACCUGCCUCAACGACCUCGCCGUCCUCGUCUUCUGCAUCGGCGCCGUCGUGCUCGUCGGGCGGUACAAGGCCGGCGCGCCUGCCCCGCUCGAGAUCCUGACGGAACAAGCCGCGAGCGUCGUCAACAAGGUCGUCGGCGAGCUGUAGAUGUUCGCGUGCGUGCGCGGUGGGCGCUGUACUGUCGUGCGGGCGAGCCCUCCUUCC